UGGAGUAUCAUGGAAAUCUGAAGUCCGACAAUUGCUUAAUUGAUGGUCGAUUUGUUGUUAAGUUGAGCGGUUAUGGACUCCACGACUUAAUGAGACAAGUUACGCCACCUGACGCUGAGGAUGCAUAUUCUUUCCUGUGGACGGCUCCAGAACACUUGCGGCGAAAAGAUCCCAGACUAGUUGGUUCUAAAAAGGGAGAUGUGUAUUCUUUUGCCAUCGUGCUGCAAGAAAUCGUCACACGAAGGCCCCCCUUCGAGGAAAAGGAACGAAGUGGCUACCAUCCCACUUGUGUCAGCACAGAAGAUAUAUUAGAUCGAAUUCGGAUGGGCACUAGGCCACCCUUUCGGCCUGAAAUUGGUUCUGAUGAAUGUCCAGCCGACAUGCUUGAUCUCAUACGACAAUGCUGGGAAGAGAAUCCUGAAUACAGACCCACUUUUCCAGAAAUUAAGCAGAAGUUAAAAAGAAUUACCAAGGGAAUGUCCAGUAAAAACUUUUUGGACAACCUUUUGAACCGAAUGGAACAAUAUGCGAACGAUUUGGAGAGCUUAGUAGACGAAAAAACGCAGUCUUUAUACGAUGAAAAGAAGAAAACUGAUGAACUUUUAUAUCAGAUGAUUCCCAAAUAUGUGGCAGAAGAACUUAAGAAGGGCUGUCAUGUAAAGCCUGAGAUUUUCGAUUCCGUGACAAUUUUCUUCAGUGAUAUUGUCGGCUUCACUUCACUUUCUGCUGAAAGCACGCCACUCCAGGUAGUUGAUUUCUUGAAUGAUCUAUACUCUUGUUUCGAUUCCAUCAUCGAAAACUUUGAUGUCUACAAAGUGGAAACUAUUGGCGAUGCUUACAUGGUUGCAUCAGGAUUGCCUAUACGAAAUGGGAACGAGCAUGCUCGUGAGAUCGCCCGACUUGCCCUGCGACUUCUGACUGCCCUCGGUGGUUUCCGAAUUCGGCACAAACCGGACAGGAAGCUCAAGUUACGAAUAGGAAUCCAUUCUGGUCCAUGUGUUGCUGGAGUGGUCGGUUUAAAGAUGCCUCGCUACUGUUUAUUCGGAGAUACUGUUAACACCGCUUCAAGAAUGGAAUCAACUAGUGAAGCUCUGAAGAUUCAUGUGAGUCAUCAAACCAAGACCAUACUGGAAGAAUUUGGUACUUUUGUUAUUGUGCUCAGAGGCGAAAUCGAAGUAAAAGGAAAGGGAAUGAUGAAGACAUACUGGCUGGAAGACGAAAUCGACAAGCCAGAUUUGUAAUCCAUCAAAUCCUGUUGCUUUUGAAAAGUAACUGCCAGCUUCAAUGUACAAUUUGUCGAAAAUUUCCAGGUAUC